AUGGCGUCCCUCGACUUUGCGUCUGCACCUCCCCCCGCCCAGCACAGCCUCUAUCCACAGCCUUCUGACCUCGAUGGAGCCAACUUUAAUCUGCCACACUCGGAGACCGUUGGUGUCUUCCCUCCGUUGCGCACAGACUUCCCUGCUGACACUAAAUACCGCCAGUCGGACCAACUCGACACUCCAGACACUCACCAGAACUACGACCUCUUCCCAAACCAGCAGCAACACUUUUCCUCCCAGCGCUACCGCACAAACGCUUCCUCCUCUUCCUCCCUCGGCCAUCCCUACGCCAUGAACUCGGACAACGGCCUCUACUCCCACUCCGGCUUCGCCGACUCGGUCCCCUCCUUCGGCAGCUCUAACAGCAACCCCUACGACAUGAUCAACACCUACAGCAGUGGCAAGGUCUCCCCCCUCACUCCUAGCGACCCCGUCGGCGGCCUCCACCACGGCCCAUUCCCGCCCUCCGUCCCGUCCAAGGACUUUUCGCCGUCCACCUACCAGGACAUGGGCGAUCGUCGUCUCGGGAUGAAUGGCAAUGGCUACCAGAACGACUACCAGGACGACUACUCUAUCAACGGCAUGAACAACGGCCUCGCUUUCCCCCAGUCCAUGCCCCAGUUCCCUGACCGUCUCGGUCGAUACCCAAAUGACCGCUUCAGCCAUCCCCAGGGCCAGCAGCAGGUCCAGUCACACAUCUCCCCGGCCCAGAGCACAGACAUGAUGAGGGGAAUCCCUCCACAUGCUACCCAUUCAUUCGACAGAGACCCAUCUGCAGGCUACGACUCGAUGCACUACAUGAAUCCCAAUCCUCACCAGGACAUGUCCCUCCGUAUGUCCACCGCAGUGGACGAGACCUUGGCCCGGAUGAAAUUACAAGCCCCUCCAAUUGGUACAUCAAGCGACCUCCAGACGUUUAUCCGUCCAUUCCUUGAGCAGUAUGUCCGAACACCAAAUCGCCUUGCAUUCGGUGAAAGAACGAUCAUCGUCAUGUCAAGCAAAGUCGCUCAGAAGUCUUACGGUACCGAGAAGCGAUUUUUGUGCCCGCCUCCCACCGCAAUUAUGAUCGGCAACUCAUGGUGGAGUGAAUCCACAAGACGCGGCGAAGAACCAAAGCUCGCGCCGCCUCGAGUCGUCGUUUCGAUUUCUGGAGAGCCCGCUCCACAAGAGUGUUCCAUCGAAUGGACCAGCUCUUCUGGCAAAUCCUUCGAUGUCACCGACCCUCCUUCUGGAACCACCUAUCUAGGCCGCUGCGUGGGCAAGCAACUCUUCAUCUCUGACGUAGAUGAAAAGAAGAAAAAAGUUGAGGCCUUGGUCAAGGUCACCGCCCCUGCCUCGGAUGACGAGCCAGAGCGUAUCAUUGGUGUCUUCCCCAGUCGCCCAAUCAAGGUCAUUAGCAAGCCUUCCAAAAAGCGACAGAGUGCUAAAAAUCUUGAGCUUUGCAUCAACCAUGGCUCGACCAUCUCCCUGUUCCACCGCCUCCGAUCGCAGACAGUCUCCACCAAGUACCUCUGCGUGUCUGGAUCGAAUUCUUCGUUCAAGGGCUCGGAUGGCGCUCCACUUAUGGGCCUCGAUCAACGAUCAAGGCAAUCCACCCCCUCGUUUAUCGCUCGAACUGCCUCCUGGGACCCCUUUAUCAUGUAUAUCGUUGAUGUGAACAAACCCGGCGGUGGUUUGGACGUCCCACCGCCACCUCCCCCUCAACCCGACUAUCCCUCCCCUCCCCCCAACGCCAUCCCCUUCACGAACAACGGCUCUCAAAUUCCGAUUUACUACAAUCAAACCGUUGUCUUACAAUGCCUCACGUCAGGCGUCGUCAGCCCCGUCCUCAUCAUUCGUAAAGUCGAUCGCCAGACGACCGUCGUCGGUGGCGGCUUGCAAGAGGGUGCCAAGGGUAUCGCCGAUCACUACUGCGUUCCAGGCGAAGUCUGCGGUGAUCCCGUAUCCCAGCUGCACAAAAUCGCCUUUGAGGUGUACGACCCCAACAAGGGACUGCCAGAACCCGGUACCCCUGGCGUGUCAGGCGCCUUCUUGUCCUGCAUGGGUGAAAAGGUCAAUACCUACCGACCGAUCGAGGGUCGAAUUUGGAAUACCAAUGUCGCCAACAACAAUGGAUCCAGUUCGCCAGUUCUGCCCGGCUCUCCGAUGUCCCCAACCAACGGCUCAGCGUCGGCCGAAUACUUUGGCCAAGCCACUGGUGCUAAUGAGAGCGAGCCCGCCUCUCCGUCGUCGGCUGAGUUCCUGUCGAACGAUGGCGGCAGGGUGAAGAAGAAGCGCUCGACGUCGAGUGCGGGUGGGCUGAGCAAGGCGGUUGGAGGAAAGGGUCGUCGACGACCUAGCUCUGCUGGCUCUGUGUCCUCUCGUCGUGGGUCAGGAAGCGACUCUGGUGCCUCGAGUGGUGCACUCUGGCAAGUCGACAUUGGUGAGACGAGCGUGUGGACCAUUGUUGGAACGGACCAAAUCCGUUACAACUUCUACGUCCCUCCCGUCCUCUUCGACAACCAGCACGCCCAACCCAGCUCACUCGGUGCCUUCCCCAUCCCCUCCAAGCAGGUCACGCCCUUCCCUGGCGUUGUCAAGUACCUCCCGCCCGACCGCGCGUCCGAGGCUCCCAAAUCCAACUGCGCCCAAUCCCGCGCUGUGCUCGCCAAACCCAACCCCCAUGCCGCCAAACUCCUCACUGUGUAUGGCGAGAACUUCUCAAAGACGGAUCCCGUACAUGUGUUCUUUGGGUCGGAGCCGUCGCCGUACGUGGAGGUUCGGUGCACGGAGGUGCUAGGCUGCUUGCCACCUGAAAGUGGACAUAACAACAAGCGACGACCGAUUAUUCUCUUGCGUUCGGAUGGAGUGGUGUUCCCUUCGAACGUUAUGUAUCCUUAG